CCCAGCAGCAAUCGACAUCGAAUUGUGUUACACCUCUACCAAAACGUCAUUUUAGAAUUAGCGAAAUAGGAAAAAAUAAGGAAACGAAGUAAGUAAAGCUACAAAACUACGGCGAAAGCCGUCCAUUUUUAAGUGUUUGUGAAGAAAAAAGAAAGAAACAAGUGAAAAGAAAGGAGGAAUCAGCAAAAACCGAAGAGAACCGAAGGGCAGCGUGAAAAGAGAAUCACAGAUAGAGCGUAACGGAGAGCAGAGAGAGAUAUUGUGAGGAAUUGUGCAUAUUCAACGAUGAAUUUUCUGCCUGGCGAGCCGCUGCCGCCGGGCUUUGAGGACGACGAAGUGUCCCCCCGGCCGGCCAUCGUUCUCAAGCAAAUCGACAACUACAAAAGCGCCCCACUGCUGGGCACUGAGUACGCCGUUGAGCUGCAGGAAGCCGCCCAGCCGCGUCCCGAUUACUACUGUGUCCUGUGCCAGACGUGCAACGACAGCCGCUCCAUCUUCGUCCAUUGGACCUCGCAGGCUCACCGCGCCAAAUACCUGCAGACGCACUUCCAGAAGGCCAACGAGGUCCUCCAAAAGCUUAAGCGUACACCGAACAGCGCCCCAAUUCUGGUCCAGGCCACUGGCCAUCUUGUCCAGUUGAUAGAGGAUCACUUUGGGCGCUCGCGUCAACUGCUUACCGUGGGCGGCGAUGAGUUUCGUCGCUUUCGCGCCAAGAUCUGCAGCCAAGUAAGAGAUCUCUUCCAUUUCGACGAGUGCGCCGGUCCGGAUUUCGUGGCGGAGGCGCAGCGCAUUCUCCAGGACCUUAAGCUAGACGACGGCAUCAAGAUAAACCUCAAGAUGACUGAGGCGGACUUGAAGCAGCGUGACGAUGGCAGUACCAUCGCUCUGGAUGCCAUCUCCAGUGAUGACGAAAGUUUCGGGGCAUCGACUUCGCUCCAUGACUCCUCCGGCAAGAAGCUGCAGCAGCGCAAGAAGAUCCAGGCCGACGAGCAAUCAGCCAAUGGUCGCGGCGCCAAUAGAUCACCGCCAGCGCCGGGCGUAGCCCCCAAGAUGCAUUCACUGCCCACACCCAAAGAGCUGUCCAUUCAGGCCUCACACAUCGCCCAGGAGCGCUACAAGUGGGAGAAAUUCCGCUGCAUGCUGGAGCUGCAGCUUAAGCAGUUGCGCGACGAGACGGAGACGUACGAGACCAAUCCGGAGAAGCAUCCGGAUUAUCCGGAUGAGUGGAAGCAGUUCUGGAACCGGCGCUACAAGCAGUUGCAGGAGGAGAAGAAGUGCGAUCCCAAUCUCUAUGACUACAAGCCAGAGUGGAUCAGCUACUGGAAGGAUCGUCGCAUCGAGCUCUUUAAUAUAGCGGUGAAUAAGAUCAAGAAGGACCUCAAGGAGAAGUUCAAGCUGGGCGACGAGGACGAGGAGAAGACCAAGGAGCUAAUGGAAGCCUACAAGAUCCGGGUGGCUACUAGUCCCCGUGAGGCCAGUGCACCGGCCAAAGCUACCAGUCGACGCAAGCCGAACUUCCGCAACAAUAAUCGGCCGGCGAAUGCAGCUGGAGGAGGAGGAGGAGGCGGCGGCGUAACAGUGAUUGAUAUCAGCGAUGAUGAAAACUCGAAUCCACCGGUUCGCAAUCGUCCGGCUUCCUUUCGGCGCUCGCACUCGCGCUCGAAAUCAGCCAAGCGAGUGGUGGCCGGACGUCGUCCUGGGCGGCAUUCCCGCAGCCGCUCGCCUCGCCGCAAUUUCCGCCGUGACUCACGCUCCUCCCGGUCCAAUUCGCGCGACCCCAAAUCCCGACGAUCUCGCACGCCUGGUGGCUACUACCCCCGCCAGCAGCAGCGACAUGAUCGCUAUGCCGGCCGUCCCUCCAGCAGGGAGCGUGCCUCCUCGACCCACUCCCGCGAUUAUGGGGAUCGCCAUAGCAUGGAGCGGGAACGCUCCACCGAAUUCUAUCGCUCCGACUCGUAUGUCCGUCCCAGUCGUUACGAGACCUUCCGUGUAAUGGACUCGCGCGAGUAUCCCGAAUACAGUCACAGUUUGUCCAAGGUCCGUUCCAUUUCGCCGGCGGUCUCGGCCGGCAAUAGCAAGAGCAACAGCAAGGACGAGGCCCUGGAGUCGGCGGAGAAGGGGCCGCUGACAGUGGUCAGCGUGCUGCGCAUGCUGUCAGCCGUGGAGGAGCACUUGGGCAGCCUUGGACCAAAGGCGCUCAAUCUGCUAAGCAAGGCACUGGCCAUGGAGAUGGUACAGCCGAAUGCCGCCGACGAUUUGCUUCUGAACGAUGACAAUUGUGUCUUUCUGGAGACCACCAAGGAGAAGCUGAAGGGCAUCCUCAUCGCUGAGGUGCUCGACGAUCCGCAGAAGGUGCGCGUCGUCAAGAAGGUGAUCACCAACAUAGCGGCCAUCAUUUUUCAGGUCAGCUCGCGAGGUGCGAACGAAUCCUGCGAAGGACAGCACAAGCCGAACGCUACUCCGGUGCCCAUACAGCUGCCUUUUGAACGCAACCUGGUGGCCCCGAAGCUAGCCAAUGCCUUGGUCCUCAAGGGCUACUAUGACGUGAGCACCGAGGACAUGACCAAGCUCCUCCAUCUGUUCACCUUGAUGGUGAAAACUGAUCACCAGCGCCGUCAGGCCGACUUGAAUAGUACCCUCAGCUUUGCCGAGGUCUGCACCAUACUGGGCUUGAGGGACACGGAUGUUAAUCCCGAUGCCGAAAACAUUGGCAUCGAUCUGGACGAGCUAAUGAAGGAAGUGGAGAAUCAGCUGCACAAGGAGUCGGUGGAUGUGGUUUCCGGCCCGGCAGGAUCAGCUGCUGUCAAACCCAAUGAGCCAGCCGGCGGCAGCAAUGCCAUGGAGUCGCUGACCGACUCCGAUUUACAAACGUUGCUGCAGAACUUCAAGUUUCUAUCGAACGAGGAGCAGGUGCAUCUCAUUGGCCAUCUGCGUAAGCUGGAGGUGCUGGAGCCGGCGCGCGUCCAGCGUUUGCGCAGAUAUGUGAACCUGGCGGAGCUGAGUGCCGAUGGAGAGUCCUGCAGUGACUUCUUGUCGCGCGUGGUUAACAAAACGACCAUCGGGAGCAGCAGUAGCAGCACCAGCAGUGGAAUGUUGUCGAAGCCCAUUGAGAAAUCGGCCAUUGGGCAGGCCAUAGCCACGGUGACUGGCGGGCAGGUAUCGGGCUCCUCAAAGGCCACCAGCAGCGAAGGCCCCUCCAAGGAGGCCCUCACAUCGCUGACCUCGCGGCGUCGUAGCUCGGAGCGAGAUCUCAGCAAUCUGCCCAUCAAUAAGCAGCGACGCAUAAGGAAUUCCCCUGGUUUCAUGAUCGACGAUGACGACGACGACGAGGAUGAUGACUACAACUUUGAUGAUCUGGUAAUGAAGGCCUGCGAUUCGAAUGGCAAGAAGAAUACACCGCCCAUCAUACCUGUCGAAUCGUCACCCAAUGCCCUGACCUUCAAGCCGGCAGCACCAUCGCCCAAGCUGUCCAUAAAGGACACCGAGAGCAUUAUAGCCGACCUUAUGGGAACUCUCGGCAAGGGCAGCGGAUCAGGAGGCUCUGCUUUGAGUGGUCCAGCUGGCAAUCGUGGCAACAGCUUCAUGAUGAAUCAGCAGCAGCAGCAAGCGGGAGCCGUGUCCAACCCACCGAAUCCUAAUAGAAAUCGGGCGGCGGGAGGCUAUCAAAAUCCGGGAUAUCCCGGUAUUCCAGCACAGCAGCAGCAGCAGCAGCCACGUCAAAUCAUGACUAAUGUGAGCACUGGACCCGAUCCCAGUCACCAGUAUCCUUACGGAGGCGGUGGCUAUCAUCCAUAUGCCGGCAAUGGCGUCCAGCAUAAUUAUCCGGCACCCGGGCACGGUCCCUACGGAGGAGCAGGCGGUGGUCCGAUCAAUCCCUGGGCCAACAAUGGAACGCCCCAGCCGCCGUAUAGCCAGAUACCUCAGAACUUCCUCAACCAGCAGCCCAACUACAACAGCAUGUUCGGGGGGCGGCAUUAACCCAGCUCCACUAUCCAUUAAGAUAUAUAUCCUUACCAUACAUUUGCCUGUAGAAUCCUAGCGCCUAGAUCAUUAUCCAAGAGGGUCAAAUCCCUUCGAGUGUCCACUGCUUGCGUUGGAGUUACCAUUUCCUUUGUGAACUCUGCCAAAAAAUUAAGUCCUUUUUUUUUUGUUGUUUAUUAGGAUUAUUGGAACAAUAAAAAUAAUAAUACCACGAGGUUGGGCAAAUUUAUAUAUAUACAUAUACAUAUAUAUAUAUAUAUUUCUAUAUAUCUGGCCUGCAGCAAACGCGAAAAAUAAAGAGACACAUUUAAAUGUUUUAA